AGAAUAGAGCCGCAUGGUCUGUUGUUGGUUGGUCCGUUGGUUUGUGCGGUGCUCUCUAUUAUUUGAUGUUCCUCUCCUCCGAAUGUCCGUCUGUCCGUCCGUUCGUUCGCGAUUCGCGUGAUUAUUUUAUGUCCGGCCGCGAGCUUCUCUGUUGUAUCAGUUGACAUUUGACUUUGCAACGGUUCGGUCGAGUUUUUUGAAAAAAGAGAAUCGCGCGCAGGUCAUUCCUUUUCUGCGCUGGACGACACGGUUCAGGCAGUGAUCGUUCUAUGUUGUGCCGGGGGUUCAUUGUGAGAUAAUUGAGUGCAUUUUAAAUCAGUUUAAUCCGCUUGCGUAGUAGAGUGUGCUGGGAGUGAGUUUUGGAGCAAAGAAAAAAGAAGGCGAACUCGGCUGGACGAUUGCGCCUAAAGAUUUGGGUGGUUUUCCAGGUGCAGAAAUUGGCGCAAUAGUGUUUUUCGAAGGGAUUAAUUGCUUGGAAAGGCGGAGUUGCUGAAGUGCUGAGGAUUUUCUAAUAGAGUAAAAGAUGCUCCGAGCAAUCCUGUCAUCCGCAAUAUUGUUGCUCCUCGCAAGUAGGGCAUUUUGCAGCUCAGUUCUCGUAGCCGAUUUCCGCAUGACCAGAAUGGUCGAGCUGAGCAGUCGACCCCCGUACUGUAAGGUUCACUCGGAUCGAGGCGACAUCCAGCGGAUGCUGUUGGCCUUUGACACGAAAAAGGUUCGACAGGUGCCGCGCGAGUCGGUGGCCUCACUGGAGGAGGUCUGCAACGAGGCGAGUGGAAUUUCGGGUGAGCUGCAGGGCGGGCUCGGAUUCAUCUACCCCGGAACCAAGUGGUGUGGGCCAGGAGACAUUGCGGCCAACUAUUCUGACGUGGGCCGAUACGCGGACGAGGAUCGGUGCUGCCGCGAGCACGACAUGUGUCCAAACAUUCUGCUGCCCGGAGAGUGCCGGCGUGGCCUGUGCAACCGGGGAACCUUCACCAGAUCGCAUUGCGAUUGUGACGCAAGAUUUAGAAGAUGUUUACAAAAUCUCAACACCGAGACUUCAAACACUUUGGGGGCCGUUUUCUUCAACGUGGUCCAGGUGACAUGCUUCAGCGAGAGACGCCCGUGUUCAAUUUGGCAGAGCCCUGAGGGUCACUCUACAGCCGCAGAGUCGUGCCCGCUGCAGUUCUACGCGUCCGACUAUUACGUGCCACCUUAUCUGCAGCCUCAGCCCGACCUCUUCUACUACCAAAACUCUCUCAAGCGGUCGUUUGAUCCAAAGUCCUACGAAGACGUCAACAAACAGCAGCUGAGGCGGGAGUCGUUGAACUUGAUUUCGAGAAACUUGGUCAAAGAUAUGUUUAUCCGGCCGUUGAAUGGGUUCAUUAAGUACUACCUCACUGCCAAGUCCGUUGUUUACGGCUAGAGGGAUCGGACUCUUGGGACGAUGAUCAGCUGUUGACGGCCGGACAUUGGAGCGAGGAUGGAGGGGGGGACUUCAACUCUGUACUCUUAGAAUAGCCUUUUUUUCAUGAGACUGAUUGGCCGAUGAGCACUGCGCCAAGGGCGCUGGUGCUUGUGAGUGCCACUAGAAUGUGUAAGAAACCUUAGAUUAGACAAAAACUAGCGGUUUGCUGAUCUUCCAGCGAUUGGCAUUGAUUUGAUUUAGCAUUUUUGUUCGUGAUUUUAGAAAGCACCAACCUUAGCAUAAUUCAGUAUUAUGAUUUCAUAGCGUAAGUAGACAAGAACAAGUUGAAUUUUAACAUAUCUUUCAGUCCAAACUUCUUCAUUUUUAGAAUACACGGACCAUAUUUUCACAUUCUCAAUUCAUAGGGUGAUUUUUGGAAGUUCGUAUAGAAUCUGUUGCAAUUUUAACCCUCUACAAUCCAGCCCCGCCUUUAGACGGGCUUCGAUUUGAAAAAUCGCCAAAAAUCCAUUUUUUAACCAAUUUUGGUCUUUAAAAAGCAUUGGAAAGAAGAACUCUUAAAAUUUUAGAAAAUUCAUGGGUUGGAAGUUUAACUUGUGUUGACUUUGCCAAUGUUUUUAAUUUUUUUUAUGGUUCAACUUUGGAUGUGUUUUUUGCUAAUAUUUCCUAUAUUUUAACUAAAAAGAAAUAUGCAGUAAUUUUUGUAGGGUCCCAGCCUAUGCCUCUACGCAUUUUCUUACAAUUUAAAUGAUAACGGUGCCGUAUUAUAGCAGAAAAUGUGAAAAACAAGCAAAAAAUUUAAAAUGUGACUGUAAAAACAUGAAAAAUAGAUAGGCAAAAUGUAAUGAUAGGAAGUGGUAGAAUAGGCCAAAUACUACCAAAAACAAACCUAAAAUAAACAAGAUAAAUGCAAAUUAAAAUACUAAAAAUAAAUCAAGAAAUACAUAAAACAAGAGAAGUAAAGUUUUUUUAUGGAACAAAAGUUGCUCAAAACAACCUCCUGAACACGGGAAAAAUAAAAAAAAUCGAAAAAAAAUUGGGCUGUAGAGAGUUAAUAUUUUCCUGAAAAUUUUGGAGAGAAGGAUGUUUUUCUCAAAAGUUUGUUUGAUUACUACACAAAUCGACAAAAAUGAAUACGCAACCACAACUCAUGGGGAAGCAUCAACUUUGAGGUCCCCUGAAACACGUGCAUUUUGAAUUUUUUAAACAUAUUAAGGCAGGGUCGAAUGGUUUUCUCUAAAGUUUGUACGAAAAUUUGGGCGGUGCGUCGCUUUUGCAUGCAAUCCAAGGAGCGAACCGCACUAAUAUUCCAUACAAAUUUUGGGGAAGAACCAUUCGGCCGUGUCUAAAUAAUUUAAAAAAAAUCAAAGCACACGAGUUUCUGGGGACCCAAAAGAUCAUGCUUCUACUCGAGUUGAACCUGCGCAGAAAUUUAGUUGGUCGGUGUAGUUGUUGCGGUUCGCUCAUUUUACAUAUUGCAUCUAAUUUUUGACUCGCACGCAACUGAAGAACUACAUGUGUUUCCUUUUUAAAUUGAGAAUGUUUUAAUUUUUGUGUGGAGUAAUAUCUCGUAACUUAAAAACAACUCUUCAACAUUAGAGAAAUAAUUAAAUAAAUCAAGAUGAAGAUGCCCGAAAUUGUUAGUCACUGCCGCUUCGCUGCUGUUUGUGGACCGAAAUGAAGAAAGCUUUAAUGAUAAAAUGAGUUCAAAUUUGUGAUUCAUUUUACAAUUGGGUUGGCUUCAACGAGUCCGAGGCGGACGAGCUGUGCUCCCGUUGGAAAUUUCGACCCAGUGAGAAGUUUAUGUCUGUAGCCCAGCAAAAGCAAAGCAACGGUUAAUGCACUUGUUGUUCCUCUGGGAAUUAAUGUUAAUCAAUAAAAUAAAUAAUUGUCUAAAAAA